GAUCGUUGCUUAGUAACCGCCAUGAACCUGAGAGAAGAAGAAGAAGAAGGAAAAGAUGGCGGAAGUAUACACAACAGUCACCCUGCUGCAGAAAGCAUGACUACAUGACAUUGAUAUUCAGAAAUGUCUGCAGGUUGUGUGAGGUGGAUGCUGAGCCGCACAGUGAAAGCUGUGUGUGUUGGCAGCCAUGGAUACUGGACACCAGCGUCAAGAUUCACCAUCCGCAGUGAGAGAUCUAACCUCAUUGCUUCCUCCUGGCGAGGGUCUCCAUUCUGCUCUGCUGUAGACGACACAGAAAAACCUCCCACGCCAAAGAAGAAGAAGCCUGGUCCUCGAGCUCACGGCACAAUCGGCUCCGUCGGCCAUGACAUCCCGCACCGUGAGAUUCUGCUGAUAAGUGAGACGGGCGAGAACUUGGGCACCAUGCACCGCGGGAGUGUGAUCAGACUCAUGGACAAGAACGGUCUCAAAUUAGUGCUGCUCAGUGAGCACCAAGAUCCUCCCGUGUACCGGCUGAUGAGCGGCAAACAGAUCCACGAAGAGCAGCUGAAACAACAGGAGAAGCAGAAAGCAAAAGCCCCCGUGCAGGUGAAAGAGAUCAGCUUCUUCUCUUCCAUCUCCUCUCAUGACAUCUCCACUAAGAUGAAUCGGGUGGAGAGCUGGCUGGAGAAGAAGAAACACGUUAAAAUAACUAUGAAAGCAGGACGGAGGGGACCUUCAGACAACCUGGACAUAACUCUGCAGGAGAUGGUGGAACGAAUGGAGAAGACGGUGGGUUAUGUUUCUAAGCCGGCACUCAUACAAGACGGCCAAGCAGCCAUGUGCAUCCUGAGGCCGCCUUCAGCAAAGGACCUGUUAAAUAAGAAGAAGAAGACUGCAGCAGAGGUGGUGCCGCCUGGAGACAAAAGCACGACAACCAGCGAGAGCGAAGCAUCUGCUGUUAGCAGCACGGACACAACAGAAGGGUCUUUACAGCAGUGAUGUGACGGAAAUAAAACAUUCUCAUGAAAAC